AUGAGCGGAAUAAGGGCGCUGUACCUUUUUGCCCCUGUGGCAGAGGGAGGGGAGCAUGCCUUGAUUUAUGAGAGGCACUUUCCCAACAUGGAGGUGUACGCGAGAUGUGUGCAGACACACAAUUACGUGAAUGUUUCCAAACUGAGGAAAGUGGAAGAACUACUUAAAGAGCAGAUAAUAAGAAGAAGCUUCCAAGUGGUAGACACGCACUCCGAGUUUGUCCAACUGAACAGAACAAUAUGUUGUUAUUCCGUACGGGUGAAGAAUAAAGUUGUUUUCCCCUUCUUGUUGAUGAGAAGGAACAGCUUCCUUUUGAUAGUCCUUCUACUGAUGGAAGGUGAGAACAGUGAAAGUCCCCAGGUGGAGGCUGCAAAUAAUGCCAAUAAGCUACUCUACUACAACUUUAUGCAAGAUUUUUUAACCUACAUGGAAGGUAAGAUGGUCAAGCGGGGUUCUUGCCUAUUCACCCAUUACAGACAAGGGAGCCACAACAAGGUAGUAGUCCUGCAAAAGAUUCGCACCAUGGGGGAUGCAUACAUAACGUCCACCAUUCCAUUUGGCAGACAUAUCCGACAGGGAAGCUCUCCCUUUAUAUAUUAUCUAGAAGGAGAUAUGUACAAAAGGGGGGACGUUUUGCAGAGUAGCUUCUUCCCCUUUUACAACUUCUUAAUGUUGGCAAACAGGGAUAAGAGUGUUCACCUGGGGGAAGAUGCACCAACUGUGUGCAGUAGUUAUUUGCCACAGGGGAGGGUCCAAUUUACCUUCCCGAGUCAGCAAAGCGAGAGCGAUAAGGACAGCAUAUUUAGCAACGAUGAUUUGGAAGACGCAAACAGUUCAAUGGGGACACUGGAAAACCUCCCCUCCGCAUUUGCCAAAAGGAAGGAAGCAAAUGAUGUUCUAUACGUAAAUGCCAAGCCUGCUUUUGUAUCACCCACAAAAGGGACUCGCACGAACAGGAAGACAAGAGAGACCUUCUUCAAGCUACUUGUAAAAUUCUACACCUUGGCCAGGAGGGACAACCUUGCCAUGGGGGAGACUCCACUUCCACCCAAUGCAGACUACCACUUAUAUCUUUUCUUCUUAUACAAUUACUGCACCCGUUUGGGGAAGCACCAACAAAUCCCCAUCGAAAACCACUUUGCUGAAAAUGAGAGCGUGAAGAUUAGCAGGGGGAAUAUUCAGACCUACGUCCCGGUUUAUGUCCACGAGAGAAGCAAGCGGGCACCCACUCACCUGCUCAUUAGGGAGGAGCUCACCGGUUUUGUAACAAGUUUGGAAAAUCGGAGCGCGGAAGUGAAGGGCGAAAUAAUACUGCAGUGCGACGACGAGCGGUACUUGGACGUUGACCUGACGCUCGAGCUGGACGACCAUGUCUGCGAUCUGUACGCAGCAGAUUUUGCCAACGUGGAGAAGAGGGGGAAGACCCUACACAUCCAAGUGGCUACCAAACAUACGAGCAACAAAGUGCUCACGUACUACUUCAGGGAUGUACCUUCUCCCCUUAUCGGUUCCUACACCCUUAAAAGGGCCAGCGACAAAUGCGCACAAGUAGACCUUGCCCUGCAAUGGAAUAAGAACGCGCCUUCCAUAAGUCUUGACAAGAAAAUAACGGAGCCCUUUUUUGUGCGACUACCCUUUCACGGCGAAAUUGUUGGACACAGUUUGAAAUGCAAUUUGGGAAAGAUAAAAAUUGAGGGCAGGCAGGAAAUAAAGUGGACGCUUCUUGACCUUCCGAGAGAAUCCCGCGCAUGCCUGUCUGGAACGGUCCAAAUGAGCCAUACGGACGUGGGGGCAAAACAGCUAGCUGCGGAAGUGCACCUGUUAUCCAAGUGUUCUUACUCCAAAACGGCGGUGAUCACUAUGAGCGAGGAGAUACACCCAGAGCAGUUCUUCCACGCAAGGGGGUUGAAGUUGCUCAGUUCCUAG